AUGGCUGGGGAAGGAGGAAGGGUACCUAACGCUGAGGAACCUGGUGCACCAGAACGUAGAGCAAGUGAAAGGUUCCGAAAGCACAACCCACCCACUUUCAAUGGAAUGGGAGAUCCAAUGGAUGCAGCAAAAUGGAUACGGUGCUUGGAGCGAAUCUUCGACUGCAUGGGUCUUACUGACAAGGAGCGUUUGACAUGUACUAUAUUUCAACUAACAGACGAGGCCGACUACUGGUGGGAGUCAGUGCAAAGGACAUUGUCGCCACAACAAUGGGAGGAAUACACGUGGGAAAAUUUCAAAGCAGAGUUGUACGAGAAGUAUAUUCCUCAGAGUUAUCGAAUCAAGAAAGAAGCAGAAUUCUGGAAUCUUCGACAAGAGAAUAAAUAUGUCACUGAGUACGACAGACUAUUUGUCCAGUUAUCACGCUACGCUCCACACUUGGUGGAUACUGAGGAGAAAAGAUCUGAGAAGUUCAGAGCACUAGAUAUUGAAGCUAUGAUGCCAGAAGAAAUGAAAACACUUAUUCAAGACAAUAAGCGUGUCGACAACAACAACAAACGAAAAAGAAAAUGGCAAGGGACUGAUCAACAAAUGCAGCAAAACCAACAAGAAGAGCGAAAUACCCAGCAACAAGUACCGUUUUGCCAGAAUUGCCACAGAAAUCACUUCGGAGUUUGCAAAGCUGGGAGCGAUGCUUGUUACAAAUGUGGAGAUAAUGGUCACUUUGCUCGACAAUGCUCAGGAACCCCACGCAGACCUCAACAGCAUAUUCAGAAUCAAGGGAGAAAACGAGGCCAAAGGCCAAUUCAAAUAGGAAGAGCAUAUGCACUUGACCGACAACAACAAGCUCAAGCACCAGAAGAUGUGGAAGGUACGACCAUAAAGAAUUGA